AUGUCACCCGGAAACAGACGACGAAAAGAUAUUGGAGAUUAUUGGUUAGGAAAAACUCUAGGAAGAGGAUCCUCAGGCCGUGUUAAGAUUGGAAUUCAUAAAAUCACAGGUGAAAAAGUCGCAGUGAAGAUCAUUGCCAAGUCGCACCUGGCAUCCAAUGUGUCAGUAGAGAAAGCUGUCAAGCGUGAGAUCGCAGUUAUGAAACUAAUCAAUCAUCCAAACAUCAUGAGCCUUAUUGAUGUGAUUGAUCUCUCAGAUUCACCGAACCUGUAUUUGAUAUUGGAAUACGUUCAAGGUGGAGAGCUGUUUGAAUACCUUGUAUCUCAAGGUCGUCUACAAGAAUCAGAAGCACGCAAAUACUUUCAACAGAUAAUCUUUGGUCUCGAUUACUGUCACCGCCAUCUUAUCUGCCAUCGUGACCUCAAGCCAGAGAAUUUACUUCUUGAUAAGGAAAAAAGUAUCAAAAUUGCAGACUUUGGAAUGGCUUCCUUACAGCCAGCUGGUUCACUGUUAGAAACAAGUUGCGGUUCUCCUCACUAUGCUAGUCCAGAAAUUGUGAAUGGAAUCCCUUACGAUGGGUCAGCAUCUGAUAUCUGGUCGUGUGGAAUUAUUCUCUAUGCUCUUUUGAGUGGUCAUUUACCAUUCGAUGAUGAUAACAUUCGACAGCUACUAAAUAAGGUCAAAGUGGGAAAGUACAAGAUGCCAGAGCAUUUUUCGGAUGAUGCAAAAGAUCUUAUUCAAAGUAUCCUUGUCAUUGAUCCAGCCAAACGUUUAACAAUGAAGCAGGUACAAGACCACCCAUGGUUCACCGUAGACCCGCCUGAAAACCCGUCCACAUUACCGGAUCCACCAACAGCAGAAGAAAUCGGCAGACCUGUGUCAGACGCCUCUGAAAUCGAUGACCGUAUUCUUGCCACCUUAAAAGAUUUGUGGACCGAUUUGACAGCCGAAAAUGUGAUCGAGGCACUUUUGAACAAAGAGUAA